AUGACAGGAAUCCCCAGGAGCCUAACCGAACACCGGCUCAACACUUACACAUGGGCAAAACCGGUAAGACAGAAAAAGCGAAGCAUGGGACCCAACAAAAGAAGAGCUGCUUGUGAGGAAACCAGAAAACUGCUCAGGGCAAGAAUAGUCAGAGAAGUGAAGUAUCCGUCCUGGAUCGCCAAUCCGGUCAUGGUUCAGAAGAAAGACGGGGGAUGGAGGAUGUGCAUCGACUUCCAAGAUCUGAACAAAGCAUGUCCUAAGGACUGUUAUACCCUCCAAGAAAUAGACGUCCAGGUAGACUCUUUGUCUCAGUACCCCCUGAAGUGCUUCCUGGAUGCCUACAAGGGAUACCAUCAGAUCCAGAUGUCAAGAGAGGACGAAGAGAAAACCGCCUUCAUCACAGACGAAGGGAUAUUCUGUUAUACCAAGAUGCCCUUCGGUCUUAAAAAUGCUAGGGCCACAUAUCAGAGAUUCAUGAACACCCUGUUCAGGGAACAACGGGGAAGGAACCUGGAAGUAUACGUUGAUGACAUUGUUAUCAAAAGCUUGACCGAGAUGGCCAUGAUAGAUGAUAUAGCUGAGACUCUCAACACUAUGCAAGAUGUGAAUAUGAAGUUAAACCCUAGAAAGUGCUGUUUUGGGGUAGAGGAGGGGAGUUUCCUGGGGGUAGUAGUCACUAAAGGAGGAAUCAAAGCUAAUCCGGAGAAAACUCAAGUUGUGGCUGAAAUGCGAUCCCACAGGUCCCUGAAAGACAUUCAACAACUGAACAUGAGAUUAAUAGCAUUAAACCGUUUCUUAUCAAAGGUAGCCAACAGGACCCUCCCCUUCAUGAAGGUGUUGAAGGACUGCCUCCAAACGGACAAGUUCAAAUGGACCCCAGAAGCGGAGGCUGCCUUCCAAGAAAUGAAAACUUACAUCUGCAAGCUCCCAACAUUGGCCACCCCAGUGCCCGGGAAACUCUUGCUCCUAUACUUGUCCGCCUCGAAAACGACUAUAAGUGCAGUCAUGAUGGUAGAACGGGAAAGAAAGCAGAUCCCCAUAUAUUUCAUCAGCAGAACACUUAAAGGCCCCGAGGAACGCUACAUGUCCCUGGAGAAGUUGGCAUUAGCCCUUGUUUUCGCAUCCCGGAGACUCAGGAGGUACUUUCAAGGGCACAAGAUUGUCCUGAUGACCGAUCAACCUCUCCAAAAGGUACUCAGGAGGCCAGAGCUGUCAGGACGGUUGGCUAAAUGGGCUGUGGAGCUGGGAGAACACUCUCUGGAGUUCAAGCCCAGGACGGCCAUGAAGGGGCAGAUACUGGCCGACUUUUUAGCAGAAGUCCCUGAGGAUGAAGAGAGGGAACUUUUAAAAUGGGAAGCCUUGGAGAAAGAAGAAAAAGAAAAGGAGGACGAGGCUGUGUGGAAGUUACUCACUGACGGGGCCUCUAGUGAAGAAGGGAGCGGGGCAGGCAUCACACUGAUAAGCCCCGAAGGGAUUGAGCUGACAUACGCCAUAAGACUGGACUUCGAGAACACCAACAACACUGCAGAGUAUGAGGCUCUCUUGGCAGGAAUGAGGCUGGCACAAAAAAUGAAAGCAAGGCAUGUGGAAGCUAGCACUGAUUCACAACUGGUAGUAAAACAGUACCAAGGAGAGUAUGAAGCCAAAGACAACAUCAUGGCUCAGUACGUGGCGAAAGUAAAGGAAACAGCCAAGGCAUUCAAAACUUUCAAAUUAGAAUACAUCCCCCGAGGAAGGAACAGAAAAUCUGAUGCCCUCAGUAAAUUGGCCUCGAUGGCGUUCGACCACCUGGCAAGAGAAGUCAAAGUGGAAGUCCUGACCGCCCCCUCCCUCAACAUGAAGGAGGUAACCGCAAUCGAGAAUGUGCAAGAAACAUGGAUGACACCGAUCAUAAAGUUCCUCAGGGACGGAACGUUGCCUGAGGGAGACUGGGCAGCCAGAAAGGUAAGGGUCAAGGCCCUGCAGUAUGAGCUGAUUGAUGGAGAGUUGUAUAGAAGAUCAUACUUAGGCCCAUCCCUGAAAUGUGUCGAUGCGGAAGAAGCCAAGUAUGUGAUUAGGGAAAUGCACGAAGGGAUUUUUGGAAUGCAUUCGGGGCCAAGGACGAUAGUAACAAGGGAAAUGAAUGCGGGGUUCUAUUGGCCGCAAAUGUAUGAAACAGCAUCCGAGGAGAUCAAGAGGUGUGAUAAUUGCCAGGUACAUGCACCAAUGACCCACCGGCACAAACACCCCAUGAUACCAGUCUCAACGUCCUGGCCCUUCCAAAAGUGGGCUAUCGACAUAAUCGGGCCAUUCCCGGAGGGUCCAGGAGGGGUCAAAUAUGUGGUAGUGGCCAUCGAUUAUUUUACCAAGUGGAUCAAGGCAAAGCCCUUGGCAAAAAUAACUGGGGAACAGAUGAGGCGGUUCGUAUUAGACAACAUCAUCUGCAGAUAUGGGGUCCCAAAGGAGCUGGUGAGUGAUAAUGGUGUCCAAUUUGCUGGAAGACCUUUUAAGCCAUGGUGCGAGCAGAUGCAGAUUCAACAAGUAUUUACCUCCGUCACCCAUGCCCAGAGUAACGGAUUGGUAGAAAGAGCUAAUCAAAGUGUCAUCAAGGGAAUGAAGGGAAGACUCGGGAGAAAACAAAAGGGAUGGCUGGAGGAAUUACCAUUCGUGUUAUGGGCAUACAGGACCACUCCUAAAAACUGCAAUGGGGAGACUCCUUUCAGCAUAACCUACGGGACAGAGGCUGUAAUCCCAGCUGAGAUAGGAUCCCCAACUGCCCGAAUGAAGCUCCGGGAGGAGGAGAAUGAACAAGACCUUAGGAUAAACUUGAAUCUCUUGGAAGAAAGAAGAGAAAUAGCAGCAAUCAGGGAAGCCAAGUACAAGAGGCAACUAGAAAGUUAUUACAACGCCAGGAUGAAAAAGCUCAACCUCGUCCCAGGGGAUCUAGUCCUCAGAGCAAAUGAAGCCAGCCUGCAGGAAAGCACCGGAAAGCUAGGCCCCAACUGGGAAGGGCCUUACCGAGUCACAUGGGCAAAUGGCAAAGGGAGCUGCAAAUUGGAAACACUCGAAGGCAAGGAGGUUCCCAGAACAUGGAACCUCAUGCAGCUUAGGAAAUAUUAUAUGUGA